CGUACGUUUGCGGAAAAGUUUAUGACACAAGGUCUUAAUCAUCGACAAAUAAGAAGCUGGUUGACAGUCAUGACGUUCCUUUGCUUUGGAUUAGUUUUAAGCACAACGGUUUUCGUAGUUUGUGCACAGUGCCCAUGGUCACAAGAGAUAGCGGAUCGUCACACCGACUGUAGCUGCGCCUAUAACAAUGUACAAAGGCUUUCUGUUCAAUGCAGUCUGGUGAAUCUCACACAUCUGAUGGCAGAUUUAAGGCAAACAGUUCGAAAUGUUCCCAUAGAUCUCCUGAACAUAAAAAACGCAACGGUAUCAUCUCUAUCUAACGACACAUUCCGUUAUCUUGACGUACGAAACCUUCAUAUAGUGUACUCUAAUAUUGUAAACAUCUCAAAGAACGCAUUCCAAGGAUUAGAGCAAGGUCUGAGCAGUUUGAACCUUGAGGGAAAUAUUUUAUCUGAAGUACCCAUGGAGCAGAUAAACCGACUGACUUCCUUGAAACUACUAGAUCUCUCCAAUAAUAAAAUCUCAUUCAUCUCUGAUGGUGCUUUUCAAAACCUCCAACUUGACACCCUUAAGUUGGACCACAAUAAAAAACUUGUUCUUUCACAACAGGCCUUUCGUGGUCUCGAGGACUCUUUGGCGAACUUAAAUCUUCGCGACACUGGUUUGGACGAGUUGCCACCUGCCAUAAAAACACUUAAAAUGCUGACCUUUCUGAACUUGGGACAGAAUGGAAUUUCACGUAUUGAGCCUGGAAGCUUAAAAAACAUGUCAAGUUUAGCAGUCAUAAAUCUAGAAAGAAACAAGAUCACACACCUGUCAAGCUCAGCAUUCUAUGGAGUAAAUGCUACUUUGAAUUCUUUGUCUCUCCUGGGUAAUAUAAUGGAAGAGUUUCCUUCUGAUGUCCUCUCUGUUCUGACGAAACUCAGGGUUAGUACAACAGGUGUGAAAGCUCAUAAUAUAAUGGAAGAGUUUCCUUCUGAUGUCCUCUCUGUUCUGACGAAACUCAGGGUACUUGACUUGGGUUUCAAUAAGUUUCGAGAAGUUCCUGAGUCUGCUUUAAAAAACACACCUUACCUCACUUUACUUGCUUUAGACGGAAAUCCCUUGGAGACAUUGCCCCUAGCGGCGUUUACUCACCUCAAUUCUACGCUAAAAGGAUUAAGUAUUGGAGGAUCUUUUUUGAAAUGUGACUGUCGAAUCCGUUGGAUAGUUCAGUGGAUCCGUAAAUACAAUCUUCAAGUGACUAGUCGAGAGCGAAAUCCUAAGUUUUGCGGAGAUCCAGAUCCUCUUAAAGGUAAAUCGUUUACACAAAUAAGUCCUGCUGAGCUUGUCUGUGACAACGAGACAAUUACAACCACUGCCAUAACAAGAACCGAUACAUUUUUAUUGAAAACCAUGAUCUUUCCUUCACACACUAGUUACAACAGUACUAAGGAUUCAAAGAAGUUAUCCAAUUCUUUUGUGUCCCUCCAAGACGCAGACAAACAUUCUGGAACUGAUGGGCACACCAUAACUGAAGACUUUUAUUUAUCGUCAGAGAAAACACCGGCUAUUGCCACAUUCCCAAACCUUCGUACAAAAUCUGGUAUCACGAAGACGUUGACAUCGCCACCUCCAAAUUUGGUCCAAAUUUUUGCUGCUUACAGGAAAGGGUCUUCAGUCGUGAUAGAAUGGGAACUAAAGUCCGAUAGCUCGUCUAGGGUUCGUGUUAUUUAUAGACUCUUCGGGGAAACAAAAUUUCAUGAGAGUUCUUUCUUAGAACACAAUCAAAGACGAUACGUUGUUCCAGAUCUUCCAGCAAACUCUUGUGUGGUAAUCUGCGUCACGACAAUAGAAGACGUUUCUAACUUCACCAAGGUCUUACUUCCUAGCAGUCAGUGUCGAGAAAUAAAGAACGUUCGAUUUAAAGCUGACACUUUCUUCAAGGUCGUGAUCGCUGCAGCUACGUCCGUUAGUGCCGUGAUCGUAAUGGCUGUAGUAAUAUUUGUUUGUUGUCUCUGUAGAAGAAAGAAGCCAAAGCCUCCCCCCAGUUUACCAGCUCUUGCGUUGGACCAUGAAUGGGAAACGAUGUCCAUUUAUAGCGGUCGGAGUAUCCCAAGAGCUCGGAUAUCUAAUGUUGACCCUACUAUUCAUGCGAAUGGAUCAUAUAAUAACCAUAGUUUUGUAAUGGAUGAGUCGAGGCUCUAUACGUCUCCAUUUUCUCACAUGCCAGACGUUUACUCGAACGUUAGGCCAGCUGUUGAUGGUCAGUCACAGAAUUCAUCCUCUCAACUCUCCAACAAGUAUGGAGACAAUUAUCGUUUAGGGAGUCCUGAGAUGAACAAGUUUCAACAAUCUCUUUCUCAACUCUCUGGUCAACAUUCCUACUUGGAAAGUUCUCCCCCCAGAAAGAAGAAACCCCGGAUAGAUUAUUUUACUUCAGUUGGCUCUGUAUAUGAAUAUGAAGGUGGUGGUAAUAUUAAACCUAACGAUGUGUCAAGUGGGAACUAAGGGUUGUGUGGAUAGGUAAAAUGGUUGUAAAAUUCAAAAUUGCUAAUUUGUUCGUUCACGCUUUUGUAUUCCUGUUUUCCUAAGGCAAUAGAUACUGACUGCUUCACUUGUGACGUAUAUUUAUAACAAAUUUCAUGGAAUAAAGUGC